AUGGGGGUGACGGCUUUUGUAGUCUUUUGUUGCUGUAGUAUAGCUUCUGUCACAUCUAACGAGGGUGAUUUCAAUGUGGUCGUUUCAUCGUACUCACCAGGAGUCAUACAGGAUGUCUGGCAUGUGUCUGAUUUUCCCAUCAUCACAGAAGAUGGGUAUUUCCUGAAUGAAAUUCUUCAACCUCCCACUUCAGAUCAACUUGAGUCUGUGUUUCCAAUCCCAAAUGAAGCACAAGCUCUGCUGGAGAGAAGCAGAUUUUCCAUAAGGAUCUUGAACCCAUCUUGGAACGAUCUGGUCAACACAAAUGUGUUCCACAAAGGAGAACAAUUGUAUGUACAAGUGUCUGCCUCGUGUGGCCCUGGUCAACAGCUUUAUGUUCAGUCCUGUCAUGCCUCUGCAUCUCCACAUCCAUCCGACAAACCAAGAGUCUCCUUUAUCUUUAAUAAUGGAUGUGUGGCUUCCAAAAAGUCCUUCGUAAAGUUUGUUCACCGGCAAAGCGACAAAGUCAUUUUGGUUCUUGGCACAUCCAGUUUAAAGUCUUCAGAGGUUUAUCUUCACUGCCGAGUUUCUCUCUCCUAUUUGGGGCUGACACCCAAUACAAAAUUCUGCAACUAUAACCGACUUAAAUCCAGAUGGGUUGACCUAAGUGGCCAAACUGCUGUAUGUCAGUGUUGCGGUAGAAGCUGUAGAAGCCUAGGAGAGCGGGAAGACUUGCUUGGAUUGACCGCAAUAGUAAGCACUGGCCUGCUGUUUAUGAAGGAACAACGAUCUGAACCUCGGGCCACACCACAAGCUCUUUCAAACCACUACAGCACCACUGAGCCCAGUCCUGCAGUCAAAACGCUGUCAGAUAAGCCAUGGAUUGUGGCUGGUGCCUCCUUCUCUGGUAACCCAAUUCAGAACAUGGCCAACAUUUCACCCUGGCCUGCUCCACCUGGCUUUGGAGGUGGUGUGAUGGUCAUUAGCCAGGAGUUGGGAGGUGCUAUAUCAAUGUGGCUACCUGAUAUUCAGUUUAAUCCAAUGGAUUACCCUGAACAUGUGCCGGUUGUUGACAUUACCCUUCAGAGUGAUGACCCCAAUAGAGGACUGAAACUAGAGGAAGAAUUUGAGAAAUUGCAAAUGGUACAAGACCAGGUAAAGCAUCAGCAGAAGAUGCCUGAAGUGGAUGAAGGAAAAGCUUCCGACGAAGCUGUCGGUCCCUAUGAUGGUGCAGUGGACCUGGCCAUGUGGAAACUCGAAGAUGGUGCCCAGUUGUAUAACGUUCAGGGGGAACCAUUUGUGGGUACAAAUGUUCAGCUGGAGCAGCCCAACCUGAACGAACCUUCCCCAAUGUCAGACUUGCAAACAAGUGAUUUGUCUUUUCUUGGCACAAGCCCUUCUCCAGAUAAGGUCACAAAUGGUACAGAAGAUGAGGGUGAAGAUUUUGUCAGACAGGCUGAGUUGGUCUUUAAAAAGGGUGACACAUUAUCAGAGCCACUUCACUAUUCUAAACUGAGUCUUAACCGAGCUGCAGAUGGUUCCAGUUCACUAGUUUAUGAAGAACAGAAGAGGUCCAUCACGAUGAAACCGGGCACCAAGAAACCUCAACUGGAACUGGAUGCUUUGAAGCGCCAAAAGGAUGAGGAAGUGUAUGGGGUUAAAGACUUGAUUUCAAUCCUUUUAGAUCGAUUAAGCAAGUUGUGGCGUUGACGCUUCAAGGAUUCUCCAGAUUUCUUUACUUUAAUUUAAAUCUAAAUAAAAAUCACUUU